CCUCGGCCGGUGUAUUUUUGUACUUUGCUCCACACGAGAAAUAGAGGGUGAAAAGCAUGGCAGAUGAGCAAGAAAUCAUGUGCAAAUUGGAAAGCAUUAAAGAGAUCAGAUUCCCAGGAUAAGAAGGACAGGAGUGCCAAAGAACUUGAAGAAAUAAUGACCAAAACUCCCCAAUUCAGUGAAGGACUGAUUCAUGAAGCUGAGAAAACACCAACAGAAUCAACACAAAAGAAGUCAACAUUCUCAAAAGAAUGAAAGAGGAAAUGAAUCUUGAAGGGAAGGCAACCAAAUAGAAAUAGGACCUAGCUGAUAUCUACAAAAGAGAAAAAUUAGAGUGACAGAUUUCUCAUCAGAAAAUGACAAGACCCUAGCAGGAAGUGGUACAUUUUUCAACUGCUGGAGGAAGACAACUAUCAAUCUGGAAUUCCAUAUUCAGUAAUUAUAUCUUUCAAGAUGGAAGGGAUAAGCGAGAUAUUCUCAGAGGAAGGAAAACUAAGAGAAUUUAUCAGUGGCUCCACUCUGAAAAAAUAAUGAAAUAAGUUCUUAAAAUAGAAAAGAAAAAAGAAAGAAUCUCAAGACAUCAGGAAAGAAGAAUGGUCACAAUAAGCACAACAUUGGAACAAGACCCUGCAGAUGGAGAAGAUCAAGGCCCGGCUGAAGGCUGAGUUUGAGGCACUUGAGUCAGAGGAACGGCACCUGAAGGAAUACAAGCAGGAGAUGGACCUCCUGUUACAGGAGAAGAUGGCCCAUGUGGAGGAACUCCGACUGAUCCAUGCUGACAUCAAUGUGAUGGAAAACACCAUCAAACAGUCUGAGAAUGACCUAAACAAGCUGCUAGAGUCUACAAGGCGUCUACAUGAUGAGUAUAAGCCCCUGAAGGAGCAUGUGGAUGCUCUGCGUAUGACUCUGGGUUUGCAGAGGCUUCCGGACCUGUGUGAAGAGGAGGAGAAGCUCUCUUUGGAUUACUUUGAGAAACAGAAAGCAGAAUGGCAGACUGAGCCUCAGGAGCCACCUAUCCCUGAGUCCCUGGCCGCUGCAGCCGCUGCUGCCCAACAGCUCCAAGUGGCUAGAAAGCAGGACACGCGGCAGACAGCCACCUUCAGGCAGCAACCUCCACCGAUGAAGGCCUGUUUGUCAUGCCACCAGCAAAUUCACCGGAACGCACCCAUAUGCCCUUUGUGCAAAGCCAAAAGUCGGUCCCGGAACCCCAAGAAACCCAAACGGAAGCAGGAUGAAUGAAGAAAGGGGGAACACAUGGAACUCUUUGGUUCUGCCUCUUGGCCAGAAUGAUUGAUGUCCUGAUGUGAAAAAACCCUUUCCAACCCCUACCAAGUCUUCUAUUUAAUGUGAUAAAAGCAAAACGCCUCUUUCACUUUGCUCCACUUUCUGCAUUUGGCAUUUCUCGUUGAGGAAGAGGUUCUCAUUCUGAUUUCUUGUUCAGGUGCUGAUAACUAUGUCUGAUUAUCCCUUCUUUACCACAAACGUUUCAGCCUCUCCCCUUGUUUGGAGCUGAAGGAAAGGCAAAAGAACCACAUGUAAAUAUCUGGCCCUUGUGUUUGAGACCUGAAGCUUAAGAGAUGUGGGGUGUGCAGACUGGGGGCAGCUGAUACAUUGUUCCAGAAAAAAGCUUCAGUGUUUUCCUUCCCUAUAUCUUUGCAUUAGGCUCUGAAAGGAGAACCAUCUUCCUAGACUUUCCAACAGGCUGAUUUUAUAUAUAUAUAUAUAUAUAUAUAUAUAUAUAUAUAUAUGAAAUCAUCCCUACCUUGAUUCUUCAGGGCCAGAGAUAGCUUAGACAAACCUUUUUAAUAGCUCCCCCUAUUCAAGUCUCCCAGUUUUACUAAAGUUCUUAUGUAGUAGGGUGUGUGUCUGGGGAUCCUGAUAUCUAUAGACCUUUCCCCCAUACUUCUAAUCUUUUUUAAUCUGUAGAAGUUUCCCACAGAGAAAUUAAGGAGCUGGACUCACUCCACAAGUCCUGCCUCGCUCACUGCCUAAGACACUGGGGUUUAGGGCUCAUUUAUAGGGGCUUCAUUACGUUAAGAGGGACCCCAGGCUGAUAUUAGUGUGCUCAACAGUUCAAAAAUAAACAGUUUAAAAGACUUCAAGCUCCCCAAGCUUCACAGGUCUCAUCUUCACCAAAGCUGGGUCUCCUAUUCAAGUCAUUGUUGGAUUUAAAGGAUGAGGAUGGGGACACACUGAAAAACUUUAGUCCCAAGUCUUGGCCCCUGGCUUGGGCAGGGAGAUGUUUUUCCUUCUUUCCUUAAUUGUAGUUUUAUGUUGUCACAGUAUAUGUGUUCAUAAUAUAAAAGGUUCCUCUGCUCUUUGAAACUGAGUGUAUGUCUGUACAAAUCUUUUUAAAUAAACAUUUGUGCAUUGGAGUAA